AUGCCGCACCGGCCUUACACGACUACUGAUACCUCUGAGCCCCGGCACCCCCGCACACCCAACUUCCACCGGCCCAUGGGCAAGGCCCCGAGGACGCAGCCCAGCCCUGGCCCCGCGGGCUGGAGGAGGAGCCGGCCCCGGGCCCCCCUGGAGGAGAUCCAGCUGGGGGCGGGGGGGCAGAAGAAGGUGCCCGAGAGCAGCGCCGCCAGCAAAGAUGCCAGCGUGGUGGAGUUCGUGGCUGACCCGGCGGCGCUGGCCGGCAUCCUCUCCAACGUGAGGCUGUGCAGCCCUGUCCUGGGCCCGGGCGGGAAGCCCAGCCUGGCACGUCGCAUCCCCCUGAGAGGCAGCAGGGGCAACUCCCUCCUGGCCCAGGGAAACACAAAGGGCAGCAGGGCCUUGUCGCUGAGCACCCGUGGGAGCGUCCCCCCACGGCGUGACUCUGCUCGUGGGUCCUGCCUCUCCGCCGCAGGACAGGAAGGUCUGGAGGCAUGGGCAGCCCCCUCCCCCUUUGGCCGGGUGCCGGUGAAGAAGGCAACGCCUGGCGCUCACCCCUCUCCCUUCGGCCGGGUGCUGGCAAGGAAACUCCAGUCCACAGUGUGUGCAGACGCGCCUGGCACCCAUGCCUCUCCGUCUGGCCGAGUGCCCGCGAUGACGCCCCUGCCCACGGGCAGCACGGCCUCGCUGCUUGGCACCCAUGAGGGCAUCCCCACAAGGGGUCACUCUGCUCGGUUAUCCUGCCUCUCCACCAUGGGCCAGGAAGGUCUCCCCCGGGUACCCCACACGUCCGACGUCCACUCCUCCCCGUUCAGCCACGCGCCAGUGACGCAGCCCCAGUCCACGCCCAACCCCGCCUGUGCCAGGGAGAUGGGGGACAGGCACCAGCUACACGUGGAACAGACCCCAGGCAGGUGUGGAGCUGGGCAGCCCCUGCAGCCCUGCAGCCCUGACGUGGGAGGCAGCGACCCCCGUGAGAUGGCCCAGCCCUGGGAGAAGGUUGCUGUGCGGCGGCUCUUCGAGGACGAGGACGAAGACAGCCAGGGCGACCUGGGCGGCUCCCACAGCCGAGCACCAGCCCAGGUGGGCACCCCCCACGGCAUCAGCAAGGAGCAGCAUAUCCAGCGGCUCCUGCAGAAGGCAGUGGAGGGGGUGGAUGGCGCCACCCCGCUGGACGAGCUCCAUGCCCUGCUGGCUGCCUAUCCCCCCUCCUGCCUGCCUGUGCCCCCCUGCUCUGCCCCUGUGCCCGGCCUGGUGCUGGGUGACCGUCGCCUAGACCCCACUGCCAGGGCAGUGCCGCAGGGUGGCACUGGGGGCUUCCAAGGGGCAGGAACCACCUUGACCUUCUCCUCGUUACGCCCGCUCUGUGCCAGCCCCCCUAUCCACUCCCUGCGGACCCCCGGCCCCCCAGCCGCAAGGACGAUGCUGGCCGUGCGCCCCUCCCGCCUGGCUCUGGCGAAGCAGCGGCUGGACUCCCUGCUCCGCGCGCCCCAGCGCUUCCUGGACGCCUGCCUGGACGAUGAGUGCGCCUUCUACACUGGCCGUGCGCCCGGCACCCGGCCCCUGCCCUCCCGCACCUGCCCCAACCCCGUGGCCCUGCAGCUGGAGGCAAAGGAUGCUGCAUACUUCGUGUCCAUCAGCCCGCCAGGCCCUAGGGCCCCCUCCUCGGCACCAGCUGUCAGCUUACCACAGCCGGCCCAGCCCCCUGAGGGUGAUAUUGGGGCUGGAGGCCCAGCCCUUGGACUACUCGAGGACCAUGCCCCAGCCUCCUCCAGUCUUGCUGUGUGAGCCGAGGGGGCAGGGUCCCUCUCUUGCCUGUGGCCUGUGAUAGGAAGGGGCUGUGGGUGCCCCCGGCAGCUGUGCCCAGCCCCUGCCAGAUGUUCCCCAGCUGGAUCUUGCGCUCCCCUGGGCAGGUCCUGUCUCCUGCACCUGAGGCCUGGGCAAGUUCCAGAUGCCACCAGCUGGGUUUUAAAGACAAGCCGUGGCCACAGCCCAAUAAAGUUUUGU